AUUUCCCUCCAGCUAUGAAGCUAUGUCAAUAUUUUGUAUCUUUUCCAGGUGUUCAUGUUCACAGUUUCAAGAGAGAGCUGUAUUUUCCAGGUUCGGGUCAUGACGUCGCUGUCAGACACUCAGGAAAUAGAAGAGCAGAUACAAGACCGACUGCUGACGCCUUAUAACAAUGGAUCCAUCUCCAUAGCAACUGAGGACAUAGAGAUACGCCGAAUAUUGAUAUUAAAGUGCAACGCAGCAACCCAGUACACACGGAAAGGACUGUUUGAGUGGCAAGACACUUCAGGAGGAAAAACUUCAACUCAGCCGUGCCCGAAAAACCCUCAGCGCUCCGCCACCCGGCUCUGUAAACUGUGCCUCAGCACCCACUGGAUGGCUGCACACCUGGAAGACUGCCUCCUGGUGGUGGAAACCAUCCCUGAUUUGGAUCAUGUCCAAGUCACUGCUGACAAUGCACAGGACGUGGUGGAUAUGAUUGAGGGUUUACUGAGAAACCACUCCACACUCAACUACCAGGAGCUGCUCACCGUCCUCAACAAGCUGCAGGACGUCGUCAACCAAAGUCAACUCACACUAAACCUGGGCCAAGCUCUCAUCGACGCCAUCUCUGACAUCCUGGAGUCUGACAGCGACCUGCUGCCUUUCACCAACAUGAUCCUAAAUAUAACCGAUGCGGUAGGGAACAUGAUGGCGGGCUUCUUCGGCUCCUUCACCCUGGUGGCGUCUGCCAUUGCUCUGUCGGUGGUGGAUGUCGAUCCCGGACAGUUCAGCAGUUUGACAUUCGGAGUGUCAUCUGUCCGCGCAGGCAGAAAGCCUGAGAUAUUCAUCAACAAGUUUCCCUUCAACGGCACGGUGGCGUUCAUCUCCCUGCCAUCCGCCCUGCAGCACAGCUUCCCACAGGGCAACCACAGCACGCCGAGGGUCAAGUUUCAGUUCUUCGGCAUCCCAAUGCUCUUCCAGAGCAGCCAAAAGGGGCAGCAGCGCCUGAACACCUUUGUGGUGUCAGCCAGUGUGAUCAACGCCAUCUCUCCCAUCAAAGACCUGGAUGAAGAUGUCAAAGUCACGCUCCACCAUCUCACACCCAACACACUUCGUAAGAAGGUGCAGUGCGUGUACUGGAACUUCAAUAAAAACAACGGACAGGGAGGCUGGGACGAUCACGGCUGCAGGACGUACAACAGCAGCUCGGACUACACCACGUGCCUGUGUGACCACCUCACGCAUUUUGGAGUUCUUCUGGAUGUCUCCAGGACUCAGCUGGACGCGGCUAACGAGCAGAUCCUGACCAUCAUCACCUACGCCGGAUGUGGAGUCUCAUCGGUGUUUUUGGGAAUCACCGUCCUCACUUACAGCGCCUUCGAGAAGCUUCGUCGGGACUACCCGUCUCAGAUCCUCAUCAACCUCUCCCUGGCCCUGCUGGGCUUGAACCUGGUGUUUCUGGUCAACUCCUGGAUGUCCUCCUGGGGCGUAUACGGCCUCUGUGUGGCCGUAGCCUCCAUGCUGCACUACUUCCUCCUGGCGUCGUUCACCUGGAUGGGUUUAGAGGCCGUCAACAUGUACUUUGCUCUCGUCAAAGUCUUCAACGUCUACGUGCCCUCUUACAUCCUCAAGUUCUGUGCGCUGGGAUGGGGGAUUCCCUUGGUGAUCUGCACCCUCGUGCUCAUCGUGGACAGAGAGGCCUACGGCAGUCGCCUGCACACCGGCGCCCAGCUGAGCCUGGAGCCUCUGGACGACUCGGACAACUUCUGUUGGCUUCAGGACGAUGUGACGUUUUACGUGUCCGUCGUUGGCUACGCGGCGCUGGUCUUUCUCUUCAACAUUGCGGUUUUUGUGGUGGUACUGAUCCAGAUUCGCCACAUGCGAGACAACAGACCGGCUGGGACCCGCAGCGGCCUCAUGCAGGACCUGAAGGGAGUUGCCAGCCUCACCUUGUUGCUGGGACUAACAUGGGCGGUUGGCUUCUUCACCUUCGGGCCCGGCAGAAUAGUUCUGCUCUACCUCUUCGCUGGACUCAACACCCUGCAAGGACUUUUCAUCUUCCUCUUCCACUGCCUGAUGAAGGAGAAUGUGCGUAAACAGUGGAGGAUUCACCUUUGCUUUGGACGUUUCCGACUGGAUGAGUACUCUGAAUGGAGCAACUCUGCAUCCGUUGGAUUUACAGUCAAACCCAAAUCAAAUCCUCCCAGAGCACUGGUACCCUCGGUGUGCUCAGUCAAGUCCAGCUCCACAGCCAGCACUUCUGCUUCCUCCGACUCCAGCCAGAGGAACUCAUCCUGCAAGAGGCCAGACCUGGGCCUUUUUGUGAAUUCCCUGGCUCUCCCUCGUGCCCAGAGGAGAUCCUCGGGUCCAGAAGCUCCGCCUCCCCAGAGGGAGGUGACCCCGACACCUGGAUGGGAGAAUCACUUGCUCGGCCAGCAGGAGCAAAGAUAAAGCACACAGGACCAGACACGGGCAUCUGCAUACAGACACACGCAGACAUGCAAAUCCCAAGUCAUGAAAUCUUGAAAAGAAAAAGAAAAAAAGCCACAUUAACAUAUACAUUGUGCUCCAAUAAAGAGAUAUGAAAUUAAUUCUAUUGUAUUCCAGCUCCAUUAGGUAAUUUUACCAUGCAAUUCUAUCGUUUUGUGAUUUUGCUAAAUAUUGUAAAAGAGCCUGUAAUUAUUUAGACAUGAGUAGUUGCAUCCAUUCCAAGGGAGAGUUGGUUGCCAAGCAACUGGUGAGUGGAGCCAUGGUGACAAUGGACUGUGGUAUCAUAGUUUGUAUGAGGAAAUACACAUUUUAAUUUAAGAUGAUGCAAGGCUCUCUGUGUUCCCUUUUCUCCUUGAUUUGUGACCGAAUGUGUGUAUUUGUAUGGGUUUAAAUAAGGAAUUAAAAUACUCUCUUUCCUUCA